AUGCGUCAUGAAUUUGUAAAUGCAAAACACUUCUGCAUUAAAAAUGUUGAGGAAAUUUUUCGCCUUAUUGUGUUGGCAGCAUUCGUUUUGGCUGAGAAGGGCGAUUAUACCUAUUUUAUGAUAGAUGCGACAGUCUCAUGUAUGCUCUCUCCAUUUGGCGGGAUAUUUCUCACUAUUUUACAAAACAAAUCUGCUAAUCUUUAUAUAAUUCUGCAUCCAAGUAAAGGGAAAUACUGUGAUUAUGUUUGCUGA